UUUAGGCAUUUUGGAUACUCUCUCAGCGGUUGCUGGAAUUGUGUGUAUGUCUGACGCGCGUUGCAGAAAUGUGAUGCAGGUUGCGAAUGACGAGGAAGCUUACUGUCAGUACAAUGUCUUUCACGUUGGUUGCUGCCAUGUCAGAAAAAAGCCUGCUUAUUGGACACAGUGGAGUACUUGGGGGUCUUGCAGUGUGACUUGUGGAUCAGGGGGAACACGUACCUCUACAAGAGGAUGUAUGGGGUCAGGAACGUGUCAGGGUUCGUCUUUGAGGACAGAAGCUUGUAGUCAAACACGACAUUGUCCAAUUGAUGGUUUUCUGAGUGACUGGAAUGGUUGGGUAUCCUGUAGCCAGACUUGUGGCUGGGGGCAACAGACAAGGUCACGUGUCUGUCAUCAACCUAAACAUGGUGGUUCAGAGUGCAAAGGAGAUUUGAUGGACAGCAAAGCAUGCCUUGUUAAACAUUGUCCAGUGAAUGGUUGGACUGGAGAUUGGAGCAGCUGGAGUUCCUGCAGCAUGACUUGUGGUGACGGUCACAUGACUCGAUCACGUGUUUGUCAUCCUCCACAGUUUGGUGGUUCACCGUGCACAGAUAAUUUAUCAGAGUCAAAGAACUGUACUCAAACGCCCUGCGCAGUGGAUGGUAUUUUAACCACCUGGGGGAUAUGGACACCAUGUAGUGUCACCUGUGGGGGUGGAUCUCAAGUUAGAUCGCGGGCAUGUAUCAAUCCACGUCAUGGUGGUAGAAGCUGCAUCGGUCCAUUAUAUGAAAUGCACAAUUGCAAAAUGUCUCCAUGUCCAACCCCUACAACCACAAAGCAAACAACAACCCCCACAACACCACAUCAAAAUACAUCACCUGCAGGUUAA